AUGCCUGGCCUUACCUCCGAGUCUAAGGGUUCCAAGUACGACCGCAUUCCCGGCCCUCUGGGUCUGGCGUCUGCGUCCCUUGAGGGCAAGGUCGCUCUCGUCACCGGUGCCGGCCGUGGCAUUGGUCGCGAGAUGGCUAUGGAGCUUGGCCGUCGUGGUGCCAAGGUCAUCGUCAACUACGCCAACAGCGCCGAGACCGCCGAGGAGGUCGUCCAGGCCAUCAAGAAGUCCGGUUCCGACGCCGCUUCCAUCAAGGCCAACGUCUCCGACGUCGACCAGAUCGUCAAGAUGUUCGCCGAGGCCAAGAAGAUCUUCGGCAAGCUCGACGUCGUCUGCUCCAACUCCGGUGUCGUCUCCUUCGGCCACGUCAAGGACGUCACCCCCGAGGAGUUCGACCGCGUCUUCAGCAUCAACACCCGUGGCCAGUUCUUCGUCGCCCGCGAGGCCUACAAGAACCUCGAGGUCGGUGGCCGCCUCAUCCUGAUGGGCUCCAUCACCGGCCAGGCCAAGGGUGUCCCCAAGCACGCCGUCUACUCCGGAUCCAAGGGUACCAUCGAGACCUUCGUCCGCUGCAUGGCCAUCGACUUCGGUGACAAGAAGAUCACUGUCAACGCUGUUGCCCCCGGUGGCAUCAAGACUGACAUGUACCGUGACGUCUGCCGCGAGUACAUUCCCAACGGCACUGAGCUCGACGACGAGGGUGUCGAUGAGUACGCCGCUGGCUGGUCCCCCAUGCACCGUGUCGGUCUUCCCAUCGACAUUGCCCGUGUCGUCUGCUUCCUGGCUUCCCAGGACGGUGAGUGGAUCAACGGCAAGGUCCUCGGCAUCGACGGUGCCGCCUGCAUGUAA